AUGUUUUUCCGGCCGUGUGUUCAUACGGUGGGCCGGUACUCGAGAGCUCGGGUUCCUGGUUUACUCUCUUCUCUUUUCUUUUACCGAAGUUGCAAUAAUGUACUGACCAAUUCACUGCCAACGGUAACAACGGCCGGCCGAGUUUCCAGAUACGGAUAUAUAUGCAGGAGGAGCAGCACAUCAGCAGCGGAGAGGGGUGUGUUUCUUCCAUUUGCGUUAACUUGCCGAAGAAAUAUCCACUCAAUACAUGAAGAUGAGAAGAAGCUAGAACGGUGGAAGAAAAUAGAAGAAAGUCAUCCUCUUGAUGAAUUGGUGCUGGAUUCGGUUGUAAAGGUAUUCUCUAACUCUACCGAGUAUAGCAAAUCCAAACCUUGGAAGACUCUUGACCAAAAAUCAUCCAGGGGCACUGGAUUUGCAAUCGCCGGAAGGAAAAUUCUUACGAACGCUCAUGUGGUGAUGGCUAUGAAUGAUCACACAUUCGUGGACGUCAAAAGACAUGGCUCUCAAAUCAAAUACAAAGCAAAAGUUCAAAAGAUUUCACAUGAAUGUGAUUUGGCCAUCUUGGAGAUCGAUAGUGACGAGUUUUGGAAGGGUAUGAAUCCCUUGGAGCUUGGAGACAUACCACCUCUCCAAGAAGUUGUGUCCGUUGUUGGUGGUGAAAAUAUCUGCAUUACAAAAGGUCUAGUACUUAGAGUUGAAACUAGAAUAUACGAUUACAGUGACAGUGAUCUGCUAUCAAUACAGAUUGAUGCAACUAUCAACGAUGAAAAUAGUGGUGGCCCGGUGAUUAUGGGAAACAAAGUCGUUGGUGUGGUAUAUGAAAUAGGUUUUGUGAUCCCAACUCCAAUAAUUAAGCAUUUCAUAACUAGUGUUCAAGAGAGCAGACAAUAUUCUUGUUUCGGCUCAUUGGAUCUUUCAUAUCAAUCUCUCGAAAAUGUUCAAAUCCGUAAUCAUUUCAAGAUGAGCCAUGAAAUGACAGGAAUUCUUAUUAACAAAAUAAACUCGUCGUCGGGGGCUUACAAAAUUUUGAGAAAAGACGACAUUAUUCUUGCAAUUGAUGGUGUUCCAAUAGGAAAUGAUGAGAAAGUUCCUUUCCAAAACAAAAGACGGAUAGAUUUCAGCUACUUGGUUUCUAUGAAGAAACCAGGUGAAAAAGCCUUAGUUAAAGUUUUACGAAACGGAAAAGAGUAUGAGUACAAUAUCAGUCUAAAACCGGUGAAACCAAACUUUACAGUGCAACAAUUUUAUAAUGUUCCAAGUUACUACAUAUUUGGGGGUUUUGUUUUUGUGCCUCUCACUAAAACAUAUCUUGAUAGUGAACAUCACCAAGUCAAAAUUUCCGAGAGAUUAGCAGAUGACAUCAACGAAGGAUACCAAAGUUUAUAUGGUGCUCAGGUGGAGAAAGUGAACGGAGUGGAAGUAAAGAAUCUUAAGCAUCUAUGCGAGCUAAUAGAGGAAUGUAGCACCGAAGAUUUGAGGCUGGAGUUUAAAAAUCAUAAGGUUUUGGUCCUCAACUAUGAAUCUGCUAAAAAGGCAACGUUACAAAUCUUGGAACGUCACAAAAUAAAGUCGGUCAUAUCAAAGGACAUUUGUCUUCCUAUGUUGCUUGAUGAUCCGUUCAAAGACAAUAAGAUCAACCUUCUUCCUUGGAGUGUUCUUCCUUUGAUGUUUGAUUUUUCCUAA